AUGGAUGACGGUGUUUCCAGCAUCCGCCGCCGAGUGUCCGUCCGCAAAAGGAACCGUCCGAGCCUAGAGACCCUUUUUGCCGCCCCCGCGGCGGCGGAGCUGCGGAUGGGGGACGAGCAGGAGGAGGAGGAGGAGGAGACGGUGGCUGGGAGCCCGCGGCGGAAAACUGUGGGCGCGCAGCCGGUCGAGAAUAAUGAUAGUAAAGAGGACAUGUUUGUCGACUAUGAUAGCUUUGCUGAAAAUUCUUUUUUAGUUCAAGUUGAUGACCUGGAACAAAAAUACAUGCAACUUCCUGAAAAUAGGAAGCAUAAUACAGACCUUGCGACUGAAGAUCUUUGUUCAGAAAACAUCAGACAUAACAGACUCGGCAUUACUACUGUAAGCAGCAUUACUGAGUUAAAAACAGAUGAGCACCCAAAGAACCAGAGAGGGCAUGAAGAUGUCCCUGUUGAACCUGGAGCUGAUCUUUGGUGUGAAUUGCCUUCUUCACAGGUUUUAUACUUCGAAAAUUUGCAGAAUUAUUCAAAUGAUUUGGGUAAUAAGUCUACUAAAAAAAGGGAUUGGAACUCAUCGUCUCACAGGACUGUGAAUGAGGAAUUGCCCCCAAAUAGCAUAGAGCAACCCCAGCCAACUGAUGACUCCUCUUCUAAAGUCAGAACUAGUUCAGAUGUGAAUAAGCGAAAAAGUCUUAAAGAUCAUCUAAAAAGUGCCAUGACUGGAAAUGCAAAGGCCCAAACACCAAUAUUUUCUAGGACUAAGCAGCUGAAAGAGACUCACCUGUCUGAAGAAAUUAAUGUUGCCAAGAAAACAAUUGAGUCAUCAUCAGAUGACCUUGGCCCUUUUUAUUCAUUACCCAGCAGAGUGAGGGACCUUUACGCACAGUUCAAGGGAAUUGAAAAGUUAUAUGAAUGGCAACAUACUUGCUUGACAUUAAAUUCUGUGCAAGAUAGAAAGAAUUUAAUAUAUUCCUUGCCAACUAGUGGUGGAAAAACCCUCGUGGCUGAGAUUUUAAUGCUACAAGAACUGCUUUGCCGGCGGAGAGAUGUUUUAAUGAUCCUGCCAUAUGUGGCAAUUGUCCAAGAAAAGAUUUCAGGUUUGUCAAGCUUUGGUAUAGAACUGGGUUUCUUUGUUGAAGAAUAUGCUGGAAGCAAAGGAAAAUUUCCUCCAAUUAAAAGAAGGGAAAAGAAAUCGCUGUACAUUGCCACUAUUGAAAAAGGACAUAGUCUGGUCAACUCCUUGAUUGAAACUGGAAGGAUUAGCAAUCUGGGUCUGGUGGUUGUAGAUGAGUUGCACAUGAUUGCUGAAGGAAGCCGUGGUGCUGUACUGGAAAUGACCCUGGCAAAAAUCCUCUACACCAGCAAAACAACUCAAAUUAUUGGCAUGAGUGCAACGUUGAACAAUGUUGAAGACCUGCAAGAAUUCCUUCAAGCAGAAUAUUAUACCAGUCAGUUCAGACCAGUUGAAUUAAAAGAAUAUGUGAAAAUAAAUGAUGCAAUAUAUGAGGUUGAUAGCAAAGCUGAGAAUGGCAUGACUUUUUCACGUCUCCUUAAUUUUAAGUAUUCUGAUACUCUGAAGAAGAUGGAUCCUGAUCACUUGGUAGCAUUGGUGACAGAAGUUAUUCCCAAUAAUUCCUGCUUAGUGUUUUGUCCAACUAAGAAGAACUGUGAAAACGUAGCAGAAAUGAUAUGCACAUUUUUAAGCAGGGAAUAUCUGAAACACAGGGAAAAAGAAAAACAGGAGGUGAUUAAGAACUUGAAGAAUAUCAGCAAUGGCAACUUGUGUCCAGUUUUAAAGCGCACUCUCCCGUUAGGAGUUGCUUAUCACCAUAGUGGUUUAACGAAUGAUGAGAGGAAGCUCUUGGAGGAGGCCUAUUCCGCUGGAGUUCUCUGCCUUUUAACCUGCACAUCUACACUAGCGGCAGGUGUUAACCUGCCAGCUCGAAGAGUUAUUUUGAGAGCCCCCUAUGUUGCUAAGGAAUUUUUAAAAAGAAAUCAGUAUAAACAGAUGAUUGGCAGAGCUGGCCGUGCUGGAAUAGAUUCUGCCGGGGAGAGUAUCCUUAUAUUGCAAGAAAAAGACAAGCAACAGGUAUUGGAGUUAAUAAGCAGACCACUGGAAAACUGUUACAGCCAUCUUGUUCAAGAAUUCACCAAGGGAAUCCAAACUCUGUUUCUCUCAUUAAUUGGUUUGAAGAUUGCAACAAAUCUUGGUGACAUAUAUCAUUUUAUGAGUGGUACAUUUUUUGGUGUUCAGCAAAAGAUUUUGUUGAAAGAAAAAACUCUCUGGGAAAUAACUGUCGAAUCACUUAGAUACCUGACAGAAAAGGGACUCCUACAGAAAGACAACAUUUUGACAGAAAAAGAACUCACACAAAAAGACGCUAUUUAUAAAUCCGAAGAAUGGUUCCAGUAUAGUUUUCAUAUCACAAAGUUGGGACGAGCUUCUUUUAAAGGAACUAUAGAUUUGGCUUAUUGUGACAUUCUCUACAGAGAUUUGAAGCAAGGUCUUGAAGGCCUUGUGCUUGAAAGCCUUCUUCAUCUAAUUUACCUGACCACUCCCUAUGAUAUGGCUUCUCAGUGUGACCCUGAUUGGAUGGUAUACUUCAAACAGUUUAACCAGCUCAGUCCAGCAGAACAAAAUGUGGCUGCUCUCGUCGGAGUCUCUGAAAACUAUAUUGGGAAGAAGGCAUCAGGUCAAGCUAUCAAGAAGAAGGUGGACAAGGACAUUGUGAACAGACUAUACCUGUCUUUUGUUCUGUAUACCUUGCUCAAAGAGACCAACAUUUGGAGUGUGUCUGAAAAAUUCAAUAUGCCUCGAGGAUAUAUACAAAGUCUCCUCACUGCAGCUGCCACGUUCUCAUCUUGUGUGCUACAUUUCUGUGAGGAACUUGAGGAAUUCUGGGUGUAUAGAGCCCUUUUGGUAGAACUUACCAAGAAGCUGACUUACUGUGUAAAGGCAGAACUAAUCCCUCUCAUGGAAGUGACUGGAGUUUUAGAGGGUCGAGCAAAACAGUUAUACAAUGCAGGUUAUAAAAGUCUAGCGCACUUAGCUAAUGCAGAUCCUGAAGUGCUAAUAAGGACAAUUGAUCACUUAUCAAGACGCCAGGCCAAGCAAAUUGUUUCAUCAGCAAAGAUGCUGUUGCAUGAAAAAGCAGAGGCUUUGCAAGAAGAAGUAGAAGAACUGUUGAGAUUACCUUCUGAUUUCCCUUCCGUGGAAAAGGCAUGAAGUGUCUGAUGAGCAUUUUCAAAUAUGAAUGUUGUCUUUUUUCUUGAAUUAUUUCCUCUAUAUAUGUUUUAUUAAAGAUUCCUUAUUAUUUAUAAAUGAAAAAA